AUCUGUGUGUGUGUGUGUGUGUGUGUGUGUGUGUGUGCGCAUGUCCAUGCCAGUGUGAAGCGAGGCAGAGCAGCUCGACUCGGACAUGAAUCACCUGCUGAAAGUUCCAGUUCUGGCCCGUCGGGCCUUCAGCACGCCUGCCAGGCGGCUGACGAACAAAGUCCCCGAGGCCCAGAAAUUCUUCCAGGCGGAUAACGGGUUGCCGGUUCACAUCAAGGGAGGAACCGGUGACGUCGUGCUCUACCGGGCAACCAUGACGCUAACUCUGGGAGGAGCCAUGUACUCUGUGUACUGGCUCGUCUUCGCCUCGUUCCCUCAUAAGAAAGAAUAGAGGAGCAAAGAACCCCGGGCUCGGUCUAUCGCAUGGAGAACGACGCUCACGAACACUAACCACAAGCCGUCCUACUUUCAUUAUUACAUUAAAAAAGUGGAAAAAUUCAAAA